UCGCGCCGAACUGCACUUCUGACGUCCGCGCCAAUCCGGUCAUCCAGUACUCUUACGCCUUGCAUCUCUAUUUAAUUGCUGAGCUUAUCUGCUCCUGCCUCAUCCAACUCUCACACUCACACCACUCGACCUUCACUCAACAUGUCUGGCCCACGUCUUCUCCGCACACAAGGCCCACGCCUUCUCGACACCCAAGGUCCCCGUCUCCUUAGGACGGAAGGCCCGCGUCUGCUCCGCACUGCCGAGGGUCCUCGUCUGCUCAAGACUCAGACUCGCAGUGUCCACACUGACGGUCCCCGCCUUCUCCGCACUCAGGGACCGCGUCUUCUGAAGACGGAAGGACCCCGUCUCCUCAAGACCCAAGGUCCUCGUCUCCUCAAGACACAGAGCCGCAACCUGCACAUGACCGGAGCUACCAGCUCCUCAUCCCUCCUCACAUCAGACAAGCCCACCUUCGGCUCGUUAAGCCCCAAGCUGCCCUCUUCUGAGGCUGCAGCUUGGAAGCACGAGACCGGUAAUGCCAUGCGUCACUUCAACACAAGUCGAAGCCUGAAGGCCGUCAACGACACCUCCACCAUCGACUUCAUGUAUGUCCCGGACUUUGACCCGGACGCGAAGACUGCACCUACCAAGAUCAACGUACCCAUCAUCCUGUCGACUGCUACGUCUUCAGCGACACAGGCUGCUGCUGCUGAGGCUGAACAGCCGGUCAUGCAACCGACCAUCUACACUGCCGCCGCCGACAGCUCGCACAUCUCCGCGCCGUCGGCGAUCUCUGAUGUAACAGAGGGUAAUCACAUUGACUUCCAGGGCAUGGCUGCCAAGGUUGCGCGCAACCUGCAGAAGCCUGUCGAGGAGGCCGAGGGUAUGGCAAAGCAGAUCUGGAAGGGGCUCGUCGAAGACAUCUUCGGCCCCAAGCAUGGCGGUGCUCCAAAGGCAUGAGCAGAUGAUGGAAGAUGGGGCUUAGGUAGCAUAGGCUUACGCUUACCCGGCAUUCGGCGUGUACACUGUGCUUUUCGGCAGUGGAGCGAUUAAGGUCCGCAAGAGCUUGAAGUGCUCAAGCUCACGAGACAUGAUUUUAUAUACUUAAUAAUAUAUCCUUACCACACAAUCCGUUUGUCGAUUUCUCGUCUCAUGUGUAUAGUCCCUCGCACAAUGCUUUGAUAUGUACUGCCUAAGAAGAGGAGCGAGCCGUGUGGAAUUCAGGUAAAGAUAGAAGUACAGCGCACAUCAGAUCUAUGUACACGAGAGUGGAGCCCGUUUUGUUA